UGCUGGGCGCAGAGGGGAGAGGCGCUGCCGCCAGCGCUGCCGCGGGGACCCGUUAGAGCGGAAGCGCCGCCGCCGCCGUCCCGGGGCCCCCUGGUUCCCGGCAGGUGGGAGGUGGGCGCCAUGUCGAAGCGGCUCCGGAGCAGCGAGGUGUGCGCCGACUGCAGCGGGCCGGACCCUUCCUGGGCGUCCGUGAACAGGGGGACCUUCCUGUGUGAUGAGUGCUGCAGUGUCCACCGGAGCCUGGGGCGCCACAUCUCUCAAGUCCGGCAUCUCAAACACACGCCAUGGCCUCCCACACUGCUUCAGAUGGUCGAAACCUUGUAUAAUAACGGUGCUAAUUCUAUAUGGGAACAUUCCUUACUGGACCCCGCCUCCAUCAUGAGUGGAAGACGUAAAGCUAAUCCCCAGGAUAAAGUACACCCUAAUAAAGCGGAAUUCAUCCGAGCCAAGUAUCAGAUGUUAGCGUUUGUCCAUCGCUUGCCGUGCAGGGAGGACGAUAGCGUGACUGCCAAAGAUCUUAGUAAGCAACUUCACUCGAGCGUGAGAACCGGGAACCUGGAGACCUGCCUGAGGCUCUUGUCUCUCGGGGCGCAGGCCAACUUCUUCCACCCGGAGAAAGGAAACACCCCGCUCCACGUCGCCUCCAAAGCCGGGCAGAUUUUACAGGCGGAGCUGCUGGCGGUGUACGGAGCCGACCCCGGCACGCAGGACUCCAGUGGGAAAACGCCUGUUGAUUAUGCAAGGCAAGGAGGGCACCACGAGCUGGCAGAGCGCCUGGUGGAAAUCCAGUACGAGCUGACUGACAGACUCGCCUUCUACCUCUGUGGCAGGAAACCAGAUCACAAAAAUGGACAGCACUUUAUAAUACCUCAGAUGGCAGACAGCAGCCUGGAUUUGUCUGAAUUGGCCAAGGCUGCCAAGAAGAAACUUCAGUCUCUGAGCAAUCACUUGUUUGAAGAGCUCGCCAUGGACGUGUACGAUGAGGUUGACAGGCGAGAGACGGAUGCAGUCUGGCUGGCCACGCAGAACCACAGCACCCUGGUCACCGAGACAACCGUCGUCCCCUUCCUUCCGGUCAACCCUGAGUAUUCAUCCACACGGAACCAGGGCAGACAGAAAUUAGCUCGGUUUAAUGCCCAUGAGUUUGCCACGCUGGUUAUCGACAUACUCAGUGAUGCCAAGCGGAGACAGCAAGGCGGCCCUCUCUCUAGUUCAAAAGACAACGUGGAGCUGGUCCUGAAAACGAUCAGUAACCAGCACAGCGUUGAGAGCCACGACCACGACCAGCCAGACUACGACAGCGUGGCUUCAGACGAGGACACGGACCCGGAAGCCACCGCCAGCAAGGCAAGCCGGCAGAAGAGCCUAGAUUCAGAUUUAUCAGAUGGACCAGUCACUGUGCAGGAAUUUAUGGAGGUCAAACACGCUCUAGUAGCUUCUGAGGCCAAGAUACAGCAGCUAAUGAAGGUGAAUAACAACUUGAGUGACGAGCUGAGAAUUAUGCAGAAAAAGCUUCAGACACUCCAGAGUGAAAACUCGAACCUCAGGAAACAGGCCUCCACCGACCUCUGUCAGGCGCAGACGGGGCCUGAGUGCACCGGCGCUUCCAGCCACUCGUCCCUAAAGCGGCGUCCGUCUGCCCGGGGCAGCAGGCCCAUGUCCAUGUACGAGACGGGGUCGGGGCAGAAGCCCUAUCUCCCCCUGGGAGAAGCGGACCGCCCGGAAGAGAGCAGGACGAGGCUGCAGCCUUUCCCCGCACACAUCGGGAGGAGUGCGCUUGUGACCUCCUCUUCGUCUCUGCCUUCCUUCCCCUCCACACUCUCCUGGUCGAGGGACGAGAGCGCCCGAAGGGCGUCCCGGCUGGAGAAGCAGAACAGCACGCCCGAGAGUGACUACGACAACACCCCACACGACACCGACCCCGAGGACCUAGGGUCCAGCCGGAAGGGGCGGCAAAGGAGUCUGAUGUGGCAAGGGGACAGCGUGGUUCCCGAUGCGGCAGAACCCCACUCGACCCCGGGCCCCGUCCCCAGCACCGAGGACGUCAUCCGGAAGACCGAGCAGAUCACCAAGAACAUUCAGGAGCUGCUCAGGGCCGCUCAGGAGAACAAGCACGACAGCUACAUCCCCUGCUCGGAGAGGAUACACGUGGCCGUCAGCGAGAUGGCAACCUUGUUCCCCAAGAAAGCCAAGUCCGACCUGGUGAGGACGUCCCUGCGCCUGCUCACAGCCAGCGCCUACCGCCUGCAGGCGGAGUGCAGGAAGGCCCUCCCCGGGGACCUGGGCCCCCCCGCCGACAUCCAGCUGGUCACGCAGCAGGUCAUCCAGUGUGCCUACGACAUCGCCAAGGCCGCCAAGCAGCUGGUCACCAUCACCACCAAAGAGAACGCCAACUGACGGGCCGGCUCGGGGGAGCCCCGCGCCAGAUGGAGGACACGGAACUCUCGGGAUUUUUCCCGACUCGAACGUUGAACGAAUGAAACUUUCAGACUUUUUUCGAAGAAAGCUCAGUAUUAUUUUUGCAUGUUUUCUAACAACUUUUCAACUAUCGGUUUAAUCCACUUGCCUUAUUUUGUGCCAGUUUACUUUGCUCCCUGACGUUCUUCUGUCCUGUCGGUGACUGUUGGGGUAGGGAUCAGAGCCACACGCGGAACCGCCCUGUCAGAAGCUCGCCGGGGCUCCUCCAUCCCGUCCGCCCGCCGGCCUGCGGUGCAAGUGAAGAGAGGCAGUGUUCAGUGAGGCGUUUCCUCGAGAGAGUUGGCGGAAAAACACAAUCCCGCAGAAGUCCGCAUUGUCUGUUCCCCGGCACGCGCCGUCAGUGAGCGGAUCCUCCGGCCUUCUGCAGGGUCUCUGAAGCUUGGGGCAUCUCCAAGCGUGUCUGUAGAGAAAAGGACUUGACCACUUUCUGACAGUAGUGAACGCUCUCGGAAGGAAGCAGCGGGUGCUCUGUUUCUCUUUUUAACAGUUAUAAUGUGUUACAUGUCCUCUUGUGAAUUUUGGAUUUUGAACUUCUCUCUCUGUCUCUCUCUGUGUCUCUCUCUCUCUCUCUCCGUCUCUCUCUCUCUGUCUCUCUGUCUCUGUCUCUCUCUCUCUCUCUCUCUCUCUCUCUCUCUCUCUCUCUCUCUCUCUCUCUCUCGUUUUUACUCUCCUCCUGAAGUUUGCCUGGCAUCAGGUUAAUACCCAUCCCCCACGCUGCAUCUCCUUGGUCCACACCCAGUGAGGAGCACCCCCGUGUCACGCCACGUGACCCUGUGCUCUGCCUUACCCCGGGAACCCAGACGUCUCACCCCAAAGCAGGGCCCCGGUGAUCACCUUCCCCACAAGCCAUCAGCGAACCCGGAGCGCCCGUUCCGAGAACACUGCCUCAGCCUGAGCGGGGGAGCUCUGAUCUCCCCCGGGCACGGCCCGCCGCCUCCCUGCCCCCGGAGCUCAGCUACCCCAUCCAUCCCUCAGCGCCUCCCCCACCCGGCCUGCUGCUCUCAGCUCGGCAUCCCUGGGGGCUUCCUGUAAGACAGCCACCCGAGCUGGGGGCUCCUCGAGACUCCCCCGGGGUGCCCCCACCGUCCCCAAGCCAGGAAGCAGGACAGAGAUUGCAUUUCGGGCUGCUGAGCAGACCUUUCCCGUGCUGGGUGUCAAGGCGUGUUUCUGUCCCGGAGGGUCUGCGGGUGGCCCCGAGCCCGACAGCGGCUGCGACCGGGCUGGCGUGAUGCAGAGUGGUGGCGACCGGGUGAUGCUUAGGGGCAGCUUCUCCCCAGCCUCCCCAGGGCUGCCCGGCGGAAAAGUAGGUCCAGGCGGCUAGAGCUUUGGCUCUUCAGAGGACGCCAGCGGUCUGGACGUGUUUGUGCCAUAUUUCUGUGUCCGUAGACGUCGGAGACUCCUGUCCGAGUUUCGAAGCACAGCGUGGGGGAGCUCCAGCUCCCGGGAAGCCCCGGUUGUGGCCUUUGCUCCAGGACCCCCCGGAAGCAGGUGCGAGGGCCUCGCCUCCCCGGCCGUCUGGCUCAGCCCGGGGCCUUCCCAGAACCGGGGCUCCUGUCGCCUGUGCUGGGCUUCUCCGAGGCCUGGUUUCCCCCCACGUAUCCCUCCCGUCCCAGCACUCUGCCUCUGUUUCCCCAGAACUGUGACUCACACACACACACACACACACACACACACACGCUGUCUCUCGGGGGCCACCUGCCCCCUCGCCUCACGUGGAUGCUCUGCUACCCGAGUACCCCGGGGAAAGGGUCGCGUCCCCACCAGCCGCCUCCACCUGCUUGCCUGCACAACCCGAAGUGCCACGCUCCCGCCGGGCGCCGACACCCUCCGGCAGGGUGCCCGCCCGCCCGCCCGCGGCGGAAGCCCCUCUCAGCCUUCUCUGCAUGCUGCAUGCACUCAGCCACUCCCCCCAACCGCCCCCCCCCGGCCCCAGGCGGUGCUGCAUUUGGUGCCCUUUGGCCCCCAGGGGACAAGAGUCUUCACUGAAGCCGACGGAGGAUGUUUCUGCGUCCUAGGGCAAGUGAGGACCAACCAGAGGGUCCCUGCUAACCCACGGUGCCAAAACUAGAAAGAAGUUGCCAGGCGGAGUGACCCCCCCCCCAGGGACAGGAGGGUCAGCAAUGCCUGUGUCCAGUGUCCACCACAGCCGCCGCUGAGACCCAGUGUCAGAAGUCCCUCCGAGCCCGUCGGCAAGUCGCACCCGGUCUGAGUGGUGGACCCGUCCACCUCUGGCACGGGUCCCGUCCCCCUGCACUAGUAUCUGCGUCUGUCACCGCAGUUCUUCCCCCUUCCUUCCCAGAGGCCGUUCCCUCCCCACCCCCGCCCGGACAGGACAGAGGUGCACUUUAUGGAGCGGACACUCGGACACUCGCUGGAGAGAAGGACACGUCCCGCUCCUGAGCUUCGGCCUCGGCACGCAAAUAGUUCUUAUUUGCCAAAGAGCCACGGACUGGGCCCAGAGACCCGACCCGGCAUCUCGCCCCGCCAGAACUGUCCUGCCCCUCCACGCGGGGUCGGAGUGGCCGCGCCACGACCCUGAGCUUCCCAGGAAUCAUGUCCUUUGAGUCCCUUCCUCAUCCGGGUUGAAGGUCACACCCCACCUUCUCUCUCUCUCUCUUUUUUUUUUUACAAAAGAAAAUGCUGCAUUGGAAAAAAAUGAAAUGCCUUUCGAUCACAUGUGUUUGGUCCGUGUCAUCCCUUGUCCUGGACUGUCCUUUCAUGUCUUUGCUGUAGACUCUCCUGUAAUUACUGUCCAACCUUUCCAGCGUUGUAAAACCGUUUGGAACAUGUGCCUGCUAGUUAUGCAAUAAAUAGGCUCUCUCGUCA